AGUGUGUGCUGGCACCGAGAACAAGCUGAGCUCCCUCUCUGACCUGGAGCAGCAGUAUCGGGCCCUGCGCAAGUACUAUGAGAACUGUGAGGUAGUUAUGGGCAACCUGGAAAUCACCAGCAUUGAGCACAACCGAGACCUCUCCUUCCUGCGGUCUAUCCGAGAAGUCACAGGGUAUGUUUUGGUGGCUUUGAAUCAAUUUGAAUACCUGCCAUUGGAGAACCUGCGCAUUGUUCGUGGGACAAAACUCUAUGAAGAGCGAUAUGCUUUGGCAAUAUUUCUUAACUACAGAAAGGAUGGUAACUUUGGACUCAGGGAACUUGGCUUGAAGAACUUGACGGAAAUACUGAAUGGAGGGGUGUAUGUUGGCCAGAACAAAUUUCUUUGCUUCGCAGACACCAUUCAUUGGCAGGAUAUCGUGCGUAACCCCUGGGCCUCCAACUUCACUUUGGUGCCAACGAACGGCAGUUCAGGAUGUGGCCGAUGCCACAAGUCCUGCACAGGCCGUUGCUGGGGACCCACAGAGAAUCACUGCCAGACCUUAACGAAGACAGUGUGUGCAGAGCAGUGUGAUGGACGGUGCUAUGGGCCCUACGUCAGCGACUGCUGCCACCGGGAAUGCGCUGGAGGCUGUUCCGGCCCUAAAGACACUGAUUGCUUUGCCUGUAUGAAUUUCAAUGAUAGUGGUGCAUGUGUCACACAGUGCCCCCAGACUUUUGUAUACAAUCCUACCACCUUCCAACUGGAGCAUAAUCACAAUGCCAAGUACACCUAUGGGGCUUUUUGCGUCAAAAAGUGCCCACACAACUUUGUGGUAGAUUCCAGCUCUUGUGUCCGUGCAUGUCCGAGCUCCAAGAUGGAGGUUGAAGAAAAUGGUAUUAAGAUGUGCAAGCCGUGCACUGACAUUUGUCCUAAAGCAUGUGAUGGCAUUGGAACAGGGAGUUUAGUGUCAGCUCAGACGGUGGAUUCCAGCAACAUUGACAAGUUCAUAAACUGUACCAAGAUCAAUGGCAACCUUAUCUUCCUUGUUACUGGGAUUCACGGGGACCCGUAUCACACAAUCGCCGCAAUCAAUCCAGAGAAAUUAAAUAUCUUCCAAACAGUGAGAGAGAUAACAGGGUAUUUGAACAUACAGUCAUGGCCUGAGAAUAUGACAGAUUUCAGGGUGUUUUCUAACUUGGUUACUAUUGGUGGAAGAGCUCUCUAUAGUGGCCUUUCCUUACUCAUCCUAAAGCAACAAGGCAUUACCUCUCUGCAGUUUCAGUCCUUGAAGCAAAUCAGUGCUGGCAACAUCUACAUAACAGACAACAGCAAUUUGUGCUACUACCACACUGUCAACUGGACCAGCCUCUUCAGCACACCCAGUCAAAAGACGGUCAUUCAUCGAAAUAAAAAAGCAGAGAACUGCACUGCCGAUGGAAUGGUGUGUAAUGAGUUAUGCUCAAGUGAUGGCUGUUGGGGGCCAGGGCCAGACCAGUGUCUCUCCUGCAAGCGCUUCAUCAGGGGAAGGACCUGCAUAGACUCCUGUAACCUGUAUGAUGGGGAAUUUCGAGAAUUUGCAAAUGGUUCUGUCUGUGUGGAGUGUGAUCCCCAGUGUGAAAAGAUGGAAGAAAACAUGAUCACGUGCUAUGGGCCGGGACCUGACCACUGCACGAAGUGUUUCCAUUUUAAGGAUGGUCCAAAUUGUGUGGAAAAAUGUCCUGAUGGCUUACAGGGGGCCAACAGCUUCAUUUUCAAAUACGCUGAUGAGGAUCAUGAGUGCCAUCCAUGUCAUCCAAACUGCACCCAAGGGUGUAGAGGUCCCGCUAGUCAUGACUGCAUUUACUAUCCAUGGACACGACAGUCCACUUUACCACAACAUGCUAGAACCCCUCUGAUUGCUGCGGGAGUUAUUGGUGGCCUCUUCAUCAUCGUCAUUGUGGGCCUGACAUUUGCCGUGUAUGUUCGGCGCAAAAGCAUUAAAAAGAAGAGAGCAUUGCGAAGAUUCCUGGAGACUGAGCUUGUGGAACCCUUGACUCCAAGUGGCACAGCACCCAACCAAGCACAGCUUCGUAUCCUGAAGGAAACUGAGCUGAAGAGAGUCAAGGUUCUUGGCUCUGGAGCCUUUGGAACCGUAUACAAGGGCAUUUGGGUCCCCGAGGGAGAAACUGUAAAGAUUCCUGUGGCCAUUAAGAUCCUUAAUGAGACCACUGGUCCCAAAGCCAAUGUGGAGUUUAUGGAUGAAGCUCUUAUCAUGGCCAGCAUGGACCACCCACACCUGGUGAGACUCCUGGGUGUCUGCUUGAGCCCGACCAUUCAACUAGUCACUCAGCUGAUGCCUCAUGGCUGCCUGUUGGAUUAUGUUCAUGAACAUAAGGAUAAUAUUGGCUCCCAGCUUCUGCUAAACUGGUGUGUCCAAAUAGCUAAGGGAAUGAUGUACUUAGAAGAGAGGAGACUUGUCCACCGGGACUUGGCAGCCCGUAAUGUCUUGGUAAAAUCACCAAACCAUGUGAAGAUCACUGACUUCGGCUUGGCCAGACUUUUGGAAGGGGAUGAGAAGGAGUAUAAUGCUGAUGGAGGGAAGAUGCCAAUUAAGUGGAUGGCUCUGGAGUGCAUACACUACAGGAAAUUUACCCAUCAGAGUGAUGUUUGGAGCUAUGGAGUCACUAUCUGGGAGCUUAUGACCUUCGGUGGGAAGCCGUAUGAUGGAAUCCCAACUCGAGAGAUCCCCGACCUCUUGGAGAAGGGAGAGCGGUUGCCCCAACCUCCUAUCUGCACUAUUGAUGUUUAUAUGGUGAUGGUGAAGUGCUGGAUGAUUGAUGCUGACAGUCGGCCGAAAUUCAAGGAGCUGGCUGCUGAAUUCUCUAGAAUGGCUCGAGACCCUCAGAGAUACCUAGUAAUUCAGGGAGAUGAUCGUAUGAAGCUCCCAAGCCCAAAUGACAGCAAGUUCUUCCAAAACCUUCUUGAUGAGGAAGAUCUGGAAGAUAUGAUGGAUGCUGAAGAGUAUCUUGUUCCUCAAGCCUUCAACAUCCCUCCUCCCAUCUACACCUCCAGGACAAGAAUUGAUUCCAACAGGAACCAGUUUGUGUAUAGAGAUGGUGGCUGUGCUGCAGAAGUGCCGAUGGCAUACAGAGCCCCUGGCUGCAUAAUACCAGAAGCCCCAGUUGCUCAAGGGGCCACAGCAGAGAUCUUUGAAGAUACUUGCUGUAAUGGCACACUACGAAAACAAGUGGCAACCCUGGCAAAAGAGGACAGCAGCACCCAGAGGUACAGCGCUGAUCCCACGGUCUUCAUACCUGAGCGGGUCAUCCGGGGAGAGCUGGAUGAGGACGGGUACAUGACGCCGAUGCGAGACAAACCUAAAACAGAUUACCUAAACCCAGUGGAAGAGAACCCAUUUGUUUCCCGACGAAAGAAUGGAGAUCUCCAAGCUGUGGACAACCCAGAAUAUCACAACGCUCCGAACGGGCAGCCCAAAGCAGAGGAUGAGUACGUGAACGAGCCAUUGUACCUCAACACUUUUGCAAACACCUUGGAAAAUGCCGAGUACCUGAAGAACAAUUUGCCGGAGAAAGCCAAGAAGGCCUUUGACAACCCAGACUACUGGAAUCACAGCCUGCCCCCACGAAGCACCCUCCAGCACCCGGACUACCUGCAAGAGUACAGCACAAAAUACUUUUACAAACAGAAUGGACGGAUCCGGCCCAUUGUGGCAGAGAAUCCUGAAUACCUCUCCGAGUUCUCCCUGAAGCCUGGCACUGUGCUGCCCCCGCCGCCCUACAGACACCGGAAUACAGUGGUGUAGUGACCGCGGUCUUACUGAAGUGGAAAGGCAACCCCUUCUAGCUGCCUCACUCUUUGUCUCUCGUUCUCCUUUUCUCUCUCUCCCCUCUCUCCCUCCCUUUCUUUCUCCCAUGAGCUUCCUCUUCUUGCCAGUUCACUCAUUUUUGAUAUUUCCAAGUGAAAGAAUGUCUUGGAGUCAUUUGCAGAUUGGGUUGGGAAUCUGGAAGGAAGGAAGGAAAGAGACUGAAAGAAGGCAUGUACAACCUGGUGUUUAUCACUUUCCACAGAUCCGAAGGGUCGGACAGUCAGAGAAGCCAGACAGUACCAGUAAAGGCCAGUGGCAGUGUUGCCUGCUGUUGAGCUAGUUCUCAGUGAUUCAACCCAGACACUGUAGGGAAGCCACAGAGAGGCUGUUUCUUUCAGCAGGAACUGAUGAGAGUCUGUACAGCAUUCCUGGAAAUCUCAGUGCAGUUUCCAUUAGGGGGAAAAAUGGACAAUUUUUAUAUCAUGUGAUAGCCUAGUAAUUGAGAUUGAGAACCCAAUUUCUUAGAGAAAGAAACACUUUCUAUCCCAGCAACUGAAAAUGGCUAACCUGGCUUUUCAUAAUCAUUCAGAUCUUCAUCAUGACUUUCCAAGAAAUGAUGAUGUGACUCUAAUAUACAGCUAAACCCUUUUUCUGAGCCACACCAUGAUUUUGUGCCAAUUCCUAACCACAGAGACUCCAGCUCAGAACUGGUACAUGACAUGGCCAUUUUUGUAUAUGUGCCAACAUGACAAACACUUUAAACACAAAAACCCCUUCAGAAGACAGUAACAAAACCACACCUCCAACAUGUUCUUUUUGAAGCUAAAAGGCCAAGAAACCAAGAUUUGUAUGCAAAAAGCUUUGCUUUCCUGUUUUAUACCGGCUGACUAUAGAUACAUAAAAAGACCCAAACAAAUUCUUCCCUCUUUUCCUUCUUCGUCAUCGUGAAGGGAGUUGGGGAUGCUGUCAGGCAACACUGAGGACAAGAUGGAGAACUGGAGAGUUUGAUAUGGGUCAUGAAGUCUGCUGGUGUUCUGUGGGGUGGCGGUGGGAAGGGUCCUUUAAACUGGAAGACAGACACUGGACUGGAGAAAACGCACAUAGCGGUUCACUGGACAGUUAGUUUGCACUUAAGCUCCGAUUUUAUUUGAACUGUUUUCUGGAUUUUGAAUGAAGCAAUAUGGAAGUGACCAGCGAAAUGCAAAAUAAUAAUUUUAAAUUAAAAAAAAAGAAUUAUAUGUAAAGGAUGACUGUGGAAAUGCCAAAAUGAAGCAAAUCAAGUCUUUGGAACAAUAUCUACCAGUUCUGAGAGGCAAUUGCAUUGACUGCUUCAGAGAAUACAGUGACAGAGCAACCAGCUCUUACUGCUGCCACGUGAAGGACAGCAGAGCAAGCCCUGAAAGGGAUCGGAGGAGACAAAUGUCUUGCUCUGACUUGCAGCACAGUACGGAAUACUUUCUUCUAAAAGGAGGAUUACUCUGGCACAGAAGACGGUGCAUAUAAGGUUUGAGAAGUCAAAAUGUGCAUGACUCGCAGAGCUUUCUGUCAAAAAUGUAAAUAAGUAUGAGUCAGUCUCCUUGCACUUAGUCCUGCUUUCAUCAACCUCAAUUUUUAGGUAGACACCCCCACCCCACCCCCCGGCCUGCUCCUCUUCGGAGAUCUCUUUCAGCCAGAGUUCUGGACGUUUUUAGCAAUCUGAGGCAGAUGGAGCUGGGAAGGGAGGCGUAAGGGCCAGAGACACUGAUGGCUUGCUCCUGACACACCAAGACCCGUGUGUGUAAGAGGAUUUGUGUACCUAGUUCCCACCAAAAAUCUUAAGGAACUAUUAAGUACCUGUGAAGAUCUGCCUAUGUCUCUAUCCAUCCAGGCUUUGGAAGGGGAAGAAAGAAUACCUGAUGAAUGGCGGUCUUAGGUGAUACAACAGUAUUUCAGUUUAUGCGCUUCAGUACUGUUAAAGUCGAGAUCUUUGGAGUGACCUAACCUGGCAACAAAACCAGCAACAACCAGUGGUCUGGAAAUGGCAUCAAGCUCCUCCAAAUUCCUGCCAUCUCAACAGCUUGCCACCUUUAAUCAUAGGGAAGCAGAGGAAGGAGUAAGAAACAAGCAAUAGUUACCCAAAUCUUGGUGGCUAAGGGUCAGCUUGACAAAGGUAUGAAGAGAUUUCAAACCUGGGUUGGUUUUUAUGCUUGUAGAUGGGAAACAAAUUGUGUACGAUCACUAGGUCAAGACUGGUUCAGCCAACAGCCUGUUUCUGCAUCAGGUGUGUUCAGGCCAGCUUGAACCAGCUGCGGGGCGGAUAUUAAAUCUGUAAACCGAGUACGUAGCUGAAGAGUCUGAAAACAGCAAGAACGAGUACAGAUCUUUGAAGCUAUUAAAAGCUUGGGUCAAGUGGUACCAAGGUAGUGGUAGAACACUAUGACCAGCAGACCAUUAAAGUGGGAUAGAUGGUUACAAAAAUCAUGCAUCUGAGAGGCCUUGCCUCUUCCUGGCGCCCUCCCGUAACUCCUCAUGAUCUUGGCAGGAGACAGAGGCAGGCAUUGGGCAGGGGCUGGGGGCGCAGAGGGAUGGCAUGAGAUCCUGGAGGCGCCACUCCAGGGAAGGUUUGCCAGCGGUGGUGCUCACAGGGUGUCGUCUGAAGCACGGGCAAAGGUCUGCCAGGUUUGGAAGCAAUUGCCAAGCUGCCUGGGGACAAAGACCGGCACAGGAUUGUGGAUGUCCUGUUUUAGCGCAGAAGCAGCUCAGGUUACAUAGGUAGGUGGAGAAAGGGGUUGAUUUGUCCCUGAACAAGUCUUGGAACAGAGUAACUCCUAAUGGAGGAAAAAUAAAAUAAAAUCCUGGUACAGCUUACGUGUUUGAAUUCAGAGAGGUGCACUCAAACGCUGCUGGGGCAGAAACAUGCACAGCUCCAAACCUGGGUGGGAUGGUGCUGGCAUGCAGCUGCUAACGGAAGGUGAGGCCUGUUUGUUUCUCUGGUAAUUAAGUAGUACCGGUGUUGGAAACAAGCCCAUUGAAUAAUCAAAAUGUAAAUAAUUGUGGUUUUUAACAAUUUAACAUUUUAUUUCUUACAAAACUUGAAUUAUUUAUUCAUUUUAAUUGUUGACUGUGGGUGUGAUAUAAUAUAUUAAGUAGUAUGGAAAUGCAGAGGUUCCUUGAAGUGAGGCAGCAUGAAGGCCAGAACGGAAGCUACCUUACACUGGGGCUCUGACACGCAGCCAGGCUGAGCCAUGCUGAGCCAUGCUAGUUGUGUCUUGAAUAGCAGAGGGCAAACAAAGGGUUAAUGAACACCGUAAUUUGUCAUGAUGGAAAACUCAACAGACUGCAGCUUCACAAAUGGGCAUUUUUUUUUUCCUGAGCUUCUGGUUUGAGUUGCAAUUGCCAAAAAUGGCCCUUAUGUUUCCUGCUGUGCCAGUAGUUGACCUUUGUUGCAGUGUAUGGGCCUGCGUGGUGCUGAGCGUCUGGUUAACCGGUUCCUUUUCCCCAGUAAGAACAGCAGUCUUGUGAACACAGCUUGUAAAUGCGCGCGUUUCCUCUGGAAGAGUAGUGCCUCUGAGCUACUUUGGCAGAUUUUUGUCUCUUUUCCAAAGAAAGUUUAACCAUGGUUAAAAAAGCAAAACUGAGAGCAGAACUGUUUGGCUGCUUUAAUCUGACCAGCAGAAAUACCUGGCUGGCCCUAACUCGUGUAUUUGCCUUGGUGGUUAUGGUACAGCUGCUGGCUUGGUGAAAGAAGUCAGGCAAAUGUACAUGGCAAAAUCACGGCAAAUAUUCAACUGAUUAUGUUGUGAAAGUUGAGGCUCAGGGUUUUUAAUGAAUAAUUACAGGUUUGGGGGAAAAGCAGAUAUUUCCACAUACAAACUGCAUUUUGUCAGCACAAAGUAGUAGGUGAGAGCAUCAGCACAAGUCUUUUGUCUGGCUGGAAUUAAUUCUCUAGUUUUACAAUGGUAUCUGUACACAGCACUGUCAGUUUUUAUAGAUUUUAUAACGCAGUCUCCUAUUUGUAAAUGUUUUCCUUUCCCUUAUCGUAGCCUGCACAAUGGAAGAGCAGUGACUAACUUUUCAAGAGCGGAUACCCGAUUGUGUAUCAGCCAUUGUCCAAGGCACAAAGCAAUGCGCUAAAUGAAAGAGAACAGGAGCUUAUUUUUUCCUAAUCGCUUUCAGUGAUACUUGUCUCUUAUUAUCUACCUGAGGGUUAUUUCAAACAGAUGUGGAUGCUGGAUCUGAUUGACUUGCUGUAACAUAACUGACUGAAACCAACUACUUUUAAGUUUCCUUCUUCAGCUCUUUCCAAAUUUUUCUUUUUCUGCAAAAUAGCCAGGAGGGAUUCCUAUGUGGCCAUUCGCUCAGAUGUAGCAGAGUAUUUUCAACUUGCUUUCAAACAGGUCAUCUCGCACAGGUAGCAAGCAAUGGAAAUAAAUCCGAGCGAGUAUCAGUGGUAGGAGCCACCGUGUGGGUCUGUUUCAGGUACCUUAAGCUCAGCCCAGAAAUCCUUUCCUUUGUACACAGACAGGUUGCGUUAACCCUGGUUGUACCACUGAUUUGGUAGAAAACACAUUUCCUGACUGCAGGAAUUGUAUGCAAUGAUCUCAUUCCAUUUAUUUCCUGGAUUAAUGGGGAAAUACCUUUCCCUUCCUGUCCCACAGCUGGUAAGGCCAGAAGCUGUGUGUGAAGGGCGCUUGUGUAGAUGUGGUGCUGGGGCAGGACAGCCUGUACACAUGCCACCGAUCUGAUACCUGUUUGCACUAAAGAUUUGAGAGGGAGUUACAGGGGAGCAUUUCCCCCCACCCUCAGCCACCAAUCCCAGCCUAGAAGCAAAGAAAAUGGCAACUCUGAAAGACCAGCUAGGCCCGACGCUCUGUGGAUCAAUUCUUUCCAUAGCUAGAGAUAGAGCUGGGCAGUAUGGGUGAAAAGUACUAGCUGUGAGGUAAGUCAGCCUAGAAAUGUAGCUUGGGGUUGGGGUUUUUUUUGAGGAUGGACCUAUGUGGGAAACGGUUAUUAAAGAAAAAAUUGGGCUUUUUCUGAUGGGGUGUCUGUGUAGGUGUCCUGUAUCAUGGUGGCAGCUAAAGGAAUGAAGGGAUUAUUUGGGCUCCUUUAUACCACCCGAGAGACAAGGAGACUUUGGCACAAGUCAGAAUUAGCCUGUUGGUCAUGUUGUUCCCCAGGAUGACCGAAGGCAUCCCAGUCAGC